UUUUCUUGCACUCGCUACCAGUUUUAUCCGCCGUAAAGAGUCAUCUGACCACUACCUUAAAGAAUACUUCUUCAAAGUUGUUGUCGGACUCGGCGCCGUGGAUAUCUGAAAGCUUAAGUUUUCAAGGUGAAUUUUCAAAAGAAAAGAAACAAGGAACAACCAAGAUGGAGCUGAACUGGUUUGACAAAUCUCCUCCGGGUGGCAAGCCUACCAUGCCCAUGGCGUGGCCUUCACAGGCUGGAAAUCCGCAGCAGGGCAUGUUCUUUAACGCGCAAGGCUCAGUGGGUGGAGCGGCUCCCCAGUACAUGAGCACCGGCGCGAACAUGACGGGAGGCGCGCCGCCUGCUCCGCCGCCACAUGGCAUGCGCACGAAUUACAACGCUGCUAACUAUGCGGCCCCAGCGACAAUGUCAAUGAUGAACUCGAACUCCAAAAGCUACCCCUCGAUGAACAAAAACAACAACGGGGCUAAGGACCCCCUUGCAGAUGAUUUUGCCGCUCUAGUCGGCUUCGCUGGAGUAACGUCGCCUGCAGCCGGAACAAGUGGUUCGUUUGCUCCAGCCGACCGCGCACCCCCAGCAACCGGUCCUGCUAUGCCAUGGGGUUCAGUGAACUCAAAUGGCAGCGCGCCGAAUGCCGUGACCGCCUCGUCGUCGAAUGCCGCAGCUUCUUCGAGCACUAACGCAAAGACCAAGGAAAAGAAACCACCUCCACCGGGUCAAAGUAAAGCUGCAGAGAAGAGAGAAGCCGAGCAUGGUGAUGGAGGAACGUCUUCGAGCAAAGCAGCGGAAGGAAGCACACUGAAUAGCAUGUGGAGUGCCUUUUUUGGUUCGGGUGAAAGAGAAAAGAAAAAGGAACGCAGACCCGCAAAAAAGGAACGCGAGCUCUCGGCGAUGGAAGCAGAAGCGUCGAUCCAGCAAGCAGUGGGAGCAAAAACGAAGUUGGUAUGUGAGACUGCAUGUUGAACAGCUAGACUUAUAGGCUAAACCAAAAGCGGUCUGCGGAUAGUAUCAUUCCUUUCUUCGCCCAAUGAUGUCCAGGUCAGCAACGCUUUGCAGCAAAAGCUGAAGCAAGCGGAGGCAGAGCGUCGGCGCCUCGCAAGAAUCGACGCGCAAAUGCAGCAUCUCGACGCAAGCGAGCAGCGAGGUACUCUUUGGGGGUUCACGGGAAUAACUCGCUAUAUUUUUUUACAUUGUGAAUUUGACCUUGUUCCAUCUGCAUCUUUCACUAACAUCAUCUUCCAGAUUCAAUUGAAUCCGAAUAUCAGAUAUCGCUGCAAUGCGGGAGCAAGUGGAGACAAUGUCGGGAAAGAUAGCGAAUCUGCGACGCGACUCCGAUUCAAAACGGGCCGCCCUUGAACGCGCGACGCAGGAUUACGUGGAUGCGACAGAGAGACUACAGGAUGCAGAAGCAGAGAAGAAGGAGAUUGAGGAGAAUCUCGUGGAAAUGAUUCUGCAGUCCGGAAAGAAGAAGGACGAGCAGCUGAACAAGCUCCUAUGUGAGAUCGAGGCAGAGGACGCUGCAGCCGCAGGAGCGACUGUAGCUGGCAGUGCUGCCGCAACAUCAUCAUCUUCUGAAUCAAAAGCACAGCCUAGUAUGAAAGCAGCAUCAUCGGGAAAAGAAAACAUGGCAAAUAAUGCGACGUCUAGCGAGAAAAGUAGCGAUCUAAAAGGACCAUGCGUGUCGAAUUCGGGCAUAAAGCUAGACAAAUCGUAUGCAGAACAGAAGAAUGGUAAUGCGACUAUAACAGUUUCAAGUACAACCGGGCCUGCUGAUAGCGGGUCAUAGCAUGACCACCAAGAGACCAACAUGCCUGGCAACAACCAGAUUUUUGUGCGCUUGAAGCGUUGAUUGUCUGAUCGAUAUCGCGGAGCAUUAUUGUCACGGUUCUGCAUGACUUCUGAUGAUCGAAAACCUGUUCUGCUCUGCUUCGGCUUCUUCUAAAAAUGAAUAUGUACUUAUGAUAUAUGAAAAUGUAGUUGUAAUAAA